UCAUUCCCGAUGGGCGGUUGAAUAAUAAAUGUUCCAGAAGAGGGGCCGAACGGUGCUGGGGGUAUUUGUAGGAGCUAACGUUCCUUAGGAGACCAUUUUCGACGAGAUUUCAGAUAGGGAACCACACUACUCGUGUCUUGCACACUGAUUCGACGAAUUUCAAAAACGAUUGAAGACAAGUUAAUUGCCAUUAUGAAGGUUGUGAUGUAUGUAACGUUUCUACUGAAGCUCCUACUAAGACCCUUAGCAACUGCUGCAUCUUCAUGUCCUGCCAAGCAAUAUUCUGGAAAGUUCCAAGCUGAGGACUACGAGAAAGACAGAGCAAUAAUUGGCCAUUCCUAUAAGAACCUCACCAUCGAGCAUGCUCAACAGUGUUUCAGCCACUGUGUAUCUGAUUGUAAGUGUCUGUCCUACCAGAUUUUUGGCAAACGAUGUGAGUUGCUGGACGAAGACAAAAUAACUGCAAGCCUCCAACAGGCCUCGGGAUACAAGUUCUACCCACUAAAACAAAGCUUUAAGGCUAGUGAAGUAAGCUGUACAGGGCAAUGCCGUAAUGGUUGUUGUCAUAGCAAUCCGUGUAUGAACGGAGGAACAUGCGUGGAGACUUGCCAAAACGUCAAUCGAAAAUUCAAGUGCAUUUGUCCAUUGGACAUUCAAGGUAAAUAUUGCCAGUUCAUACUGUCAUGUGCUGGAAUUCCUGGAAAUCCCAAGUCAGGUGUUCAUACAAUCACCAGACCAUCUUUGAACAGCCAGUUUAAAGUCUAUUGCGACUUUACAUCCGAGCCGAACUAUGUCUGGACGCUCGUGGAAUCUUUUGAGCAUUCAAGGGUGAAGGUGGGAAUAGCCUAUUAUGAUGACUGGGAGUUCUUUAAAGACCAUCCUGUCARUGAAUCAAGUCCAAACUGGGUCAACUAUCGACUGUCACUUGAACACAUGAAACACAUCAAGACAAACGCAACACACUGGCGUGCUACAUGUAACUUCGAGUCAGCUAACAUAUCUACUUCUGACUACGUUCGAGUCGAAAUGAAGACACGAGAUCUUAUGCAGCCAGUCCCUACGUCAUGCCACCAAGUUGGUUUCCUAAGGCUUCUUGGAAGAACCUGCUCUGGAAACUGUAAAACCCUUUUCCGACAUGACUCGUAUCACCCAUAUUUUGCUCCUUGCUAUGACGACACCUGCAAAUUUGUUGGCUGCUCCGGCGCUACUAGUACUCCGGCUCGUUUCGAAGCGUUUGGCACAUAUGAAUUUUUAAAUCCAAAUCAUCACUGCUUGUUAUCUCCAUCCUCCACGUCAAACUGGUGGAUUGGAUACAAGCUAAAUUGAACUCCACUGACUACAGUCAUGACAUCUCGAGGAUCCCUCCAAUCAUCACUAACGAAGAUCUAGUUCUCAUCAUCUUGAACUUCCACGACAAAUAUAGAUGCCGAUGCCUAGUGUAAGCUAUUCUCAAUGCUAAAGAUCUUUUGCAGUACCUCCACUUAUAGGAACUCAUUAUCAGUCUUCGAAGACACAAGGCAAAGGAUAUACAAGUAACUAUAGUCGGGCUGCCGGCAUGUGGGUUAAAACGUUUGUUAAGGAAUGGUCAAUGCUUAGCAUGUGUAUAUCCAGUUCUAGGUGCAAGCGGGAAGCUGCAAAGCACAAAAGGAGCGUUAGAGUCGCACGAGGCGUAGCCGAGUGCAACUCUAGCUUCUUGAGUGAUAAAGCAACUUCCUAAGUGCAUCCAGAACUGGAUAUGCGCAAAACUAAGCAUUAACCAUUGCUUUUAUAACAUAGCAAAACCGUAAACAAAUGUUUGUUGAUAAAACAAAAUUCAAAUACUAUUCUAACGAAAUCUUCAUUACAUAGCACGCGCUACUCCAUUUAUUUAG